CCAUCGUGCAAUGUCUUCCAUCAAAAUGAAUCAAAACUCCAACAUGGUUCAAUCGAUGUUCACAACAUCUAAUUAUCAUCAUAUGAACCAUGCAAAUUUGUUUGCUUCUACUCCUUCUUUUUCUUCUUAUCAAAAUUCACAUCUAUCUUCAUCUUCUUUUCUAUUUAAUAUGAUGAGGAGAAACUCUGAUUCUGCUUCUAGUGUUGAAUAUUUUCCUAUCAAUACACUUAAUAGUACCAAAUAUGAAAUUGAACGUGUCAAUAGUGUCAUGGAUUCUAACCCCAAUAUUUGGAUUCCUGUUUCUCUUCCUCCAGAUUUUCUUGGUAAUCAGGGCAAAGUUUUGAAUCCAACACCUCUUAAUAUCGUUUAUCCUCAUCAUUCUGCUGCUCCUUCUCAUAAUUCUGAUAUGUUUGCCUCUUCAUCAAAGCAAAAUCAUGUUCCUCAAGAUCGUCGAUCUUUGAAGAAAAUUCUCAAACCAACCAAUAAUUUUGAUUCUGAAGAAGAUAAGAAAAGUGGUGAUGGUGAGUAUGAUGGUCGUACACAUAGUAUACCACGUGAAAAAAAUGGUCCAUAUACAUGUCCCAAGUGCAAUGAGGUGUUUGAUACUUCUCAAAAAUUUGCUUCACAUAUGUCUCUACACUAUAAGAGUGAGACAAAUAAAGAAAGAGCUCGGAGACUUCGUGCAAGAAACAAAAGCAAAUAUCGGAAGUUCAUGGCGACUCUCAGAUGAUGAAAUUGGUAG